AUGAAAUUAAGAAUCUUGCUUUCAUUUUAUUUCCCUGUGUUGCUUUUAUUUUUUAUAUUUGCUUUGAAUGUUUACGCGCAGUAUUCCCUCUCUCUCACUCUCUCUCUCCCCCUCUCUCUCUGCUGUAUACUCUGUUGCAGUUUUUCUUUAUUUCUCCCUUCUUUAUCUUUCAUUCACCAUUCCUUCACACGUUCAUUCUUAACAAAAUUGUUUUAUUACCCACGUUAUUUGCCUUAUUUCCUUUUUCUUAAUUUUUCAUUUGUCUUCCUUCUCUAUUCCGUAUUUUUUUCUUUCUUUCUUUCUUUCUUUCUUUCUUAUUUCUUCUCUCUCUUUCCUUUCUUCUCGUCUUUUCUAACUCUCUAUUUUUCGCAUUUCUUUCUUUCUUUCUUUCUCCUCUCUCUUUUCUUUCUUCCCGUCUCCUCAUUUUUUCUUUCUUUCUUUCUUUCUUUCUUUCUUUCUUUCUUAAAUCUCUUUCCUUCUUUCUCUAUUUGCUUUAUUUCUUUCGUUCUUUUUUUCUUUCUUUCUUCAUUCCUUUCUCUAUUUAUAUCUUUUCUUCUUUCUUUCAACCUUUCUUUUAUUAGUAUUUCUUUCAUUAUUGCUUUCUUUUUUUUCUUUCUUAGGUUUUCUUUCUUUUUUCUUAGGUCUUUUCUUUCUUUCUUUCUUUUUUCUUAG